AUGUCAGAGAAGCAAUCCAACAGUGUCAUAAUUGACAGCGAUGAUGUUGCACGAGACCAGAUACCACCCGAGUGGUCGGCCAAGGAGGAGCGAAGCCUAGUUCGAAGGAUUGACUUUGCUGUCAUGCCCCUGCUGAUCAUUGGUUUUUUCGUUCUUCAGCUCGAUCGGUCAAACAUAGGCAAUGCAAUGACUGAUAACUUCAUGGCAGAGGUUGGAAUCAAUCAGUUUCAGUAUAAUGUCGGCAACCAGCUCAUGUAUUUGGGCAUUGUCAUAUUCGAGAUCCCCUCAAAUCUCGUACUCUACCGUGUUGGACCGGCGGUUUGGAUAGGAUUCCAAAUUUUGGCCUGGGGCCUGGUGGCUACGUUUCAAGCCUUUAUCAAGGGCCAAGGGUACGGUGCCUAUUUGGCAACUCGCUUCCUCCUCGGUAUUUGCGAGUGCGGGUACAUCCCGGCAGCUUUGUUCACCAUCACGAGAUUCUACAAACAAGAAGAGACAAGCAAGCGAUUUGGCAUCUUCUUUGUCGGGAAUAUGGCUGCCAACGGCGCAGCUGGGCUUUUGGCCUUCGGGAUCCUUCGAAUGAGAGGUAUUGGCGGCUUAUCGGGAUGGCAGUGGCUGUUUCUCAUUGAAGGAAUGUUGACUUUGGUCGUUGCUGUUGCCUUCAUCUUGUUCUUCCCCCGAUCGACGGCCAAGCCAGUGUCACUUGUUGGACUACGGUACUUUAAUGAGCACGAGGCAAAAAUCCUCACUGCACGCGUUUUACGCGACGAUUCCACCAAGGUCCAGGCCAGAACCAACGUCAGCCGAGAAGAGCUCAAGGCAGCUUUGACAAACUGGAGACUGAUCGGCCACGUCUUGACCACCAUCCUCUGUCUUUCUGCCCAGGCUUCUCUCUUUGCUUUUGCACCUUCGAUCGUGGCAACCUAUGGAUACGGAAAACUUCAAGCGAAUGCAAUGACAUCAAUUGGAUACUGGAUUCUCCUUGUCACUACGGUGACCUGGGGCUGGAUUGCUGAUAAAUGGGGAAAACGAGGUCCCAUGGUCCUCUUGGGGGUCGUUAUCGGAUGGGCUCUAAUUAUUGCGAACCGAGUUCUUGUGAGAACAGACAAGGUGGAUGCAAAGUUUGCUAUCCUAACUCUCAUCAUUGCUUUCAGCUUCAACUGGCACCCCGUUCACGCCUCCUGGGUAUCACUGAAUGCCAAAAGUGCAGGUGAGAGGUCCGUCACAAUGGCCAUCUUCAUCAUGGCAGCCAACACAUCCGGCAUCGUAAGCGGCCAGCUCUUCCAGGCAAAGGAUGCGCCACGGUAUCAGACUGCUUGGACGGCAACGGUAGCCCUGUCUUGUGCUGGGGUAGCGGUUUGUACUUGGACCAAUCUCCAGUACUGGUGGCUCAACCGCAGGAAUGCUAGAAAGGGCUACACUACCUUCGUAUACUCCUACUAG